AAAGAAAGGCGACAGUGAGUUCCGAGCGCAGGAAGACAAGCCAAAGAAAGCCAUGGCUUCUUCAAAAUCUUGCCUCCUUCUUCCGAACCCAACUUCCUUCUCUCACUCCUCUCCGUCUUCCUCCUCCGCUUCUUCUGUUCCCCGCGCUUUCCCGAGCGCCCUGAGCCGCCGGCGGCCCGACGCGCGCCGCCGUCUCUCUCUGAGCUCCGAUGGCGUGAAGAGAGGUCCCGUGACGGGGUCGAGCCUUGAUGAGGUCUCCGUUCUUGACCCACCGCCCCGGGAGUCGGAACUUCUUGCUUCUCUCAAGCUGAAAUUGCUGAGUGCUGUCUCUGGUCUGAAUAGAGGGCUCGCUGCAAGUGAAGAAGAUCUAAAGAAGGCAGAGGCCGCUGCGAAAGAGGUGGAAGAUGCUGGAGGACUUGUGGACCUUUCUGCUGAUCUUGAUAAGCUUCAGGGCCAAUGGAAGCUGAUAUAUAGCAGUGCAUUCUCGGCUCGUACUCUAGGCGGGAGCCGUCCUGGACCUCCCACUGGACGGCUACUUCCUAUAACUCUUGGUCAGGUCUUCCAACGGAUUGAUGUCAUGAGCAAAGAUUUUGAUAACAUAGCGGAGCUCAAGUUAGGUGCACCAUGGCCUCUCCCUCCUGUUGAAGUAACUGCCACGCUUGCCCACAAAUUCGAGCUCAUAGGAUCCGCAAAGAUCAAGAUAACAUUUGAGAAAACUACGGUAAAGACGAUGGGGAACUUAUCGCAACUCCCCCCGAUAGAGAUACCUAGGUUACCGGAUGCACUAAGGCCUCCAAGCACAGGAAGCGGCGAAUUUGAAGUUACAUAUCUUGAUUCUGAUGUGCGUAUAACUAGAGGAGACAGAGCCGAGCUCAGAGUGUUUGUGAUAUCUUAAACCUUCCAACUGUAGAUUCUUCAGCCCCCGUAUGCCAUCUCCGAGCUGACUGAAAAGAACUUCUGGAGGAUGUUCAAUGCUGGCCUCUACGAGCACUGUAGGAGGAAGUACAAAGCCGUGGGGACCUUCAUGAGUGUGUACUACUAGUCCAAGAAGGGAAGGAAGGAAGACUGAGAAGGAUGUGCAAGAAGAGGAGCAAGUGCACGUCGAGACCGCUUAUGCUGAGGUCGAUCAGCCAGCAGAUUAACAAGGAUGGAGCAAAUUCUGAUUUGCAGGGCUCUCUCAUCAGGAACAAUCCUCUGCAAGGAAGGAAGUGCUUUGUAGCAACUAGAGGAAAUUUUACUGUUUUGGAUGCGACUUCUUGGCGAACUAUACUGUACAGAAGGUUGAAUUCAGGAGGACUCGACGAAUGUUUCUGCUCCAUUAUCUACAAGGAAAAUGGUUAUGUCUCAUAAAUCAGAAAAAAAGAAAAAGAA